UGGGGGGCUGCCAUUUUUCCCUGCUUCUGCUACUGCUAACGUUUCACGGUAGAUGCUAAACCGACGGGGAGCGGCGGUUGGUUUUUGGGGGGUUUUAUAGCUAGCUGGCGUCAACGGCUCGAAAUCGUUACGCACACAAUCCGUCAUUUCUCCGACCGUUGCCGCUAACCACCGCUGUUAUUGGAUGAAUUCGGCAUGGAGAAAGUAGCGGAGCCGUCUUGGACUUCUUCGUACACCUACCAGGUGAGCAAGCACAGUGCGGAGAUGCUACACAACCUCAACACGCAGAGGAAAGAUGGAGGCAGGUUCUGCGAUGUGAUCCUACGCGUCGGCGAGGAGAGCUUCCCUGCCCACAAGGCUGUGUUAGCAGCGUGUAGCGAGUACUUUGAGUCGGUGUUCAGCCGCCAGUCGACGGAGGGAGACGCCAAGGAGCUGGAGAUGCACACGAUCAGCCCCAAAGUUUUUAAAGACAUCCUGGACUUCGCCUACACCUCCAGGAUCGUGGUGCGACUGGAGUGCUUCCCAGAGUUGAUGACAGCCGCCAAGUUUCUGCUGAUGCGGUCGGUCAUCGAGAUAUGUCAGGAGGUCAUCAAACAGUCCAACGUACAGAUCCUCGUACCGACUACCCGGGGAGGAGACGCCAGCCUGUUCCAGGCCACGGGGGCCACGGAGCUGGGUUUUCCGGUGGCUCAGCAGGAUUUGGUAAACGGAUCGGGACUGCUGGUGAACGGCCAAAGCUUUGCCAGUAAUGCACAGAUGCAUGUAGAUGGGAGUGAAGCCGCCGCCGUCGUGUUAUUAGAGGACGGGGGCGAGUCGUCGGUGCCGAUCUUACAGCCGGUGGAAGGACUGUCCGUGUCCCCGUCAGCGGAACUAACGGGGAACACAUUUCAUCACGACGCUGGCUCCCCGGGGUCGAAGAAGAGCAGGGGGAGACCAAAGAAAGCUGGUGGAGUAGUGGAGGCUGUGCACUUUAAUCACAGCAAAGACAAUGGACUGUUUCCGUGCGGGACCUGCGGGAAAGCUUUCACGGAGGCUUCCCGUUUGAAGAACCACGAGGCUCAACACGGAGCCUCGACCGGCGGUGUAAACAACGUCGGUGACGGCUUGUCAACACCGGGCGGCAUCAGCCUGCUGUCUCAGGCCGGUCUGGCCGAGAACGGCAUGCAGCUACACGGGGGGCUGACGCUGGACAGCGGCCGCAAGCGGGAGAGGACCAGGAGGCACGUCGGCUGUGACAUUUGCGGGAAAGUUUUCCGCGACGUUUACCACCUGAACCGACACAAGCUCUCCCACUCCGGGGAGAAGCCAUACGCGUGCCAUGUAUGCGGUCUCCGAUUCAAACGCAAGGACAGGAUGUCAUACCAUGUGCGGUCCCACGACGGCUCGGUUGGCAAACCCUAUGUGUGCCAAAGCUGUGGGAAAGGUUUUUCAAGACCGGACCACCUGAACGGACAUAUCAAACAAGUUCACACAACCGAGAGACCCCACAAGUGCCAGAUUUGUAACGCCUCUUUUGCAACACGAGAUCGCCUCCGCUCACACCUCGCAUGCCACGAGGACAAAAUCCCUUGCAAAGUGUGUGGCAAGUUCCUGCGAGCUGCGUACAUGACAGACCACCUCAAGAAACACAGUGAAGGAACCCAUAACUACUGUGGCAUUUGCAACAAAGGUUUCUCCACUGCGUCCUACCUUAAGGUGCAUAUAAAGACACACCAUGGCUCUCCACUGCCCCCCUCUGCCACAUUGCACACCUUCCCUGAGCCAAGGGGGGAACUGCAGAUGCACAACGGCACCCCUUACCACAUGGGACGCCAGUGCUCAGUGGAAGACCUGUGUGCCAGUCGCCAGCUGCUUCUCUCCUCGCCUGAGGCAGAGGGUCGCUUUCAUGGGCUCUCUGGACACCCGGUUCUCCCCCAGCCGGGCCCUCCAGCCUCUGGCCUGCAGCCUGAGCUGCUUAUAGGGAAGCCAGGUGGGGCUCCAUAUUUCUGGGAGUGUCGCUCGGGUGGGGUGCCUGGCUUCCACGUCCAUGGGCCUGUCGCAGACGGACAGGAAAACUCUGGGAAAUGUCCUCACCUGGAAUCAGAAGAAUCGGAUCCUUCAUUUGGAGAGUUGUCCAAUGGCGACGAGCUUAAAUCUCCACACAAACCUGACGGGCCGGACCUUGAGAUGCCCUCUUUAGCCUGUAACGGAGCCUCUGCAGGGACCUUAGGGUCCCCAGAGGGCUCCAAGGCCAAGACGGACCCUGAGAAGAAGUUCACCUGCGGCAUCUGCGGUCAGGCCUUCCGCACCAAGUCCUACCUCAACAAGCACCAGCACAGAGUACACAAAGCCCAGAAAGCCCAGGGCGUUUCAGGGUCCGGCUUAAGUGAGCUGGCCCCGUCCCUCACCUCCCCCUUCUCCCCUCAACAAAACAUGUCUCUGCUCGAGUCCUUUGGCUUUCAGAUAGUCCAGUCCGCUUUCGCUUCCUCGCUGGUGGAUGCCGAGGCUGGUCAAAGCGGGAUGGACUUUGGAGGGAAGUGACGUAUUUGCUAGAGAUUUAGCAAAGCCUCGAAUUUUUAGGACAAAGCCGGGUUGCCCACAGAAGACGCUCUUGUAUUUGAGAAUAACUUUGCCUCAAGACUACUUUUCCGUUCGUUACAUUGCUUAAUGUGUAUCCAAUAUUUUUGUCACAGACUGCCAUAUGAUUCCUACUUUUUCUACUUUUUUCAGAGUAUGAAGAGUGCGUACGCUCUGUUUUCGUUUCUAAAGAAAUGACAUGAAGGUUGUGUUUCCUUUAUCGGAUGUGGAUGUUGAAGUUGACGUGUGGUAGGCUCUGAGUUUGUUUUUUUGACUCGUGUGUCGUUGAGCUUUUCUUAGCUGCACAUGUGUUUCUUGACAUAAGAUUAAUUGAUUACUAUAUCCUUAAAAAGAGUAAUUGUUGUCUGAUUGCCCACUUUAACUGCUCUGAUGUUCUCUUUAAAUCGACCCAUUAUAACUGUUUUAACGCUUCAUUUUCCUCGCUGCCCCAAGGCGUCUUUACCUCAGAGCAACAAGAGGGCUGAACUUAUCUAUUUAUGUUGUUCUCUCUUCUUUCAAGGAGGAUUUAGAUUUUCUUAAGGACAGGGAUUUAAAUUGGCCUCAGUUUUGAUCGCAGAUUUUUCCUCGAAUCUCUUCAUUGCGAGUAAUCACCACAUUCAUACCAGGCCCACGGCAUGUUUCAUUACACAUUUAUUACGAGCAAUUUUCAUAACGGCUUCAUACAAACAGUCAAGUUUUCAAGCCGCUGAGGAGCACUGAUGUUUUCAAGGACCUUUAAUGAGUUAGUGUUGACAGGAUUGCACUAUAAUCAACAGUAAGAAAGCACUUUUCUGACCUUUUUAAAACCUACGUUGAAUUUAAAUUCUCACAGCAUCCACAGAGCUCAUUUGGAACUAUAAAUCCUUGCAAAAAUGUAAUUUUAGCUAAAACAAAUCAAUUAAAGGACCAGUGUGUACAUUUUUGUGGCAUCUAACAGAACGGGUGUGGCAGAAAAAUGGAAAAUUAAUAUUAAUAUUUAUGUUUUAAUUAAUGUCUAAUCCCAUGAAGAUAAGAGUUGUUGUUUUCAUUACCUUAGAAUAAACCCUUUAUAUGUAGAUAGGGUGGGUCACCUUUGAUUGAGGCCACCAUGUUGCCCCGCCGUGUUUCUACAGCAGCCCAGAACAGACAAAUUAAACACUGGCUCUAGAGAGGGUCUUUGGCAUUUUUUACAAGUUUCCCAUUCUUGGAGGAGGAGGGGAGAGGGGUAUUCAUUUGGUUGCAAUCUUCAACCUCACCACUAGAUGCCACUAAAUCUUACACACUGGUCCUUUAAGCUACCUCAUAGAAGAAAAUAACACCACAGUGCUUUGUUUGUAGUCGAGGUUAAUUCUUUUCCUAUCUUUAGUAGAUUUAAAGCAUAAAAAAUGAAAACCAACCACUCUUAUUGAACAACUGUAUUGAAAGUCAGAGUUGUGUUACUGCUAAGAUCCAGGUCUUAAAAAAUGCUUGAUGCCUGUUUUUCCCCUAAUAAUUUGCAUAAAGACGUUGAGGCCGCUGAGGACCGUUAUUGUUCAGCGUUAACCUGAGUGGAUGUGACACUGAUCAAUGAGCAGAGCUGGUGAUAGUUUAAGAGUCGUGCCCUACAUUAAGCAAAUCUAUCGGCAGCUCAUUUGGAUGUGAAUAUCCCUUUAACACUUUUUGAUUAGAUGAUUUGUAAAAUGAGUUAUUCAUAGAAAAAGUGCAGAAGUGAGGAGAGAAAAGCCAUGUAUUAUUGUAAUCUAUGCUGUGUACAGAAAUACUUUGAAAAAGGAUUUUUCCCAGGAGGUUUUUUUUAUCAUGUAAAAAAUGUUUUUGGAACAUGCCUCGAGCCUGUUAAGAAUGAGUUUUGUUUCCCCCCAUGAUGACAAUGUUUCCACGCCGUGUGUGUUAACCACAUAUGUGUUAAACCAGUUGUGUACAUGAAACAGGGACCAAGGUCAGGUAAAUUUUCAGUAUAUAUUUGAAGAAAUGUAGAUUAUAUUUUAUUAACUUAUUCACGCCCUCAGUUUUGUAUACUUUUUUUUUUUUUUUUUAACUAUCAAAAAAAUCUUGAUUUGCUCAGUUUGAUAAGUUUCCACUCUCUAAAUUAUGUUAAAAGGAGACGUGUGUGUUUGUGGUGGGUGUGUUGUGCAGCAGCUAGAGGGAAGAAGACGGACUCAGGCCCUGAAGCCUCUGGACCGACCCCAAACAUAAAACGACUUUUUUUGCAGAGUCGACUUAAAUUCUCUGGCGUUUCUUCAUCACCUGCACUUGUUGUAAUGCUCGACCCCCUCCUGUCGGAUUAGCCUGAGUAGAUGUCUUUGUGUUUGCGUCAUGUGUUUGCACUAACGGUCGCUCAGUUAAGACACAAGUUAUCCAUCUCUGUGUUUUACAGCGAAAAUGUAUUUAAUCGAAAAUGUUGAAUCCAAAAUUAGGCUUUCCCGCCUUAUCAAGACAUUCCUGCGACGAUCUUAAUUGAGACGAACGUUUUUCUUUGUUUGAUCUUCUUCAUCCACUGUAUUGAAAAAAAAAAUGUUCCUAUGAUGACGAAUUGUUAAAUAACCCAUCAGGAUGUCAUUGAUUAUUGAUGAAAAAUGCAAACAGACCCGUUUCACAAUCAUGACGUACUUCCUCUCGGCCUUGUAUAUGCAGAAUCACAAAACAAGCAACCCCAGCCAAUCAGGAAGGACAGAAAAUUGGGUUCAAAACGCCGCCGACAGUUACCAAGUUGCCAAGUUUGCUGCAUAAAGCCUCGCACAUCAGUUGAUUAAUAUCUUUCUCAUGGGUCAGCGUUUGCCCCUUUGUGUUGUAAAACGUGUCACAAUGCAAAUUGGACUCAAAGGGGCUUGCGGGGUGUGUGUGUGUGUGUGUGUGUGUGUGUGUGUGUGUGUGUGUGUGUGUGUGUGUGUGUGUGUGUGUGUGUGUGUGUGUGUGUGUGUGUGUGUGUGUGUGUGUGUGUGUGUGUGUGUGUGUGUGUGUGUGUGUGUGUGUGUGUGUGUGUAUAUAUAUACGUGUGCUGAAUAGACCGUCUGUGUGUUUGUUUCUGUGUUUUGAUCCGUGUUUCCUGCUUUCUGUUUUGUUAUUAUUAUUAUUAUUUGUGAGUAAAUUCAGUACAUUCCUAUAUUAUUUAUGGUAAUAUUGUGAUUGUAACAAGUGUAUAUACCAUUCAUAUACACAGUCUAUAAAUAUAUAUAUGAAUAUAUGAACCAACCAAUAUGAUCAAUGUUUGUCAAUGGUGGUCCUGUACAUACAGAUUUUUUUCUUUCUUGAAUAUUAUGUAGAGGGAUAUUAAGUUAUGGCCAUUUUUUUGAUUGAAAGUGCUGAAACUGCAUGUCUGCAUUGAAUGUCGAUCACUGGUUGGUGGCAGUAGCAUCACUGCUUUACCGUACUGUCACUCUGCUCUGGUUGCGCUCACGCCGCCAGCUGCAUGACUCGUUUUUGACCAAGUUUCCUUUUUUUGAUUCACUCUGCACUAGUAUUUACUCCUGAGAGGUAAUAAGGGUUGUGUUGUUAUAAUUAUUUGAAGACAACUGAAAGAUGCUGUAUGGAAAUAAUUUACCUUCUUUAUGUUUCAAUGUUUCUCUUCACUGGGAUGUGUAAUUUGUUUCACGCACAUUGGUACUCAAAUGUAAAAAAAAAAAAAAAAAAAAAAAGUUUCUUUCAUGGAUUAUUUAGGCCUAAAUGUUUUGCUUUCUGCUUUUUGGUCUGUUGCAAAGUGCCUUCCAAAUACUGAUUGUGCACAGCAGUGGAUUAAAAAAAAGGUCCUCUUUUCUAAAGGUUGAGAAUUGUACAGAGUGACUUGCAUUGACACUUUUGUAUAAAAACACACACAGAAAAUGUACAAUAUGUUAACUUGGUAUUUUAUCAUCGUACUCAAAAAGAUUGCUCUUAAAAACAUGUGAGCUACAUGUUUUGUUAUAACGUCUUUGGACAUAUUUCAAUAUAAGCAUACUUUUCUAUAGAUAUUUGUUUUUGUACUGUGUUGAUGAGUCUCAUCUCUCUUGUUGGUACAGAGAUGAGGGUCAAAUAA